AACUUUCAUCGAACGUGUAGCAACGUAUCUUAAUUAAUAUUCAUGAGCCACGCCUCACCAAACAGUGCGGUGAAAGCUAUGUCCCAUCACUGGCUGCACGGUUGUUUCAGUUCAGCAUCUCUGAGCAGAGACCACAGGAAGAUUUGACCUCGCUUUGUCGGAGGACAAGACCCACAUCUCUGUGCGGUCUACUGAGGGAACAUUUAGUAAUUGAAUUGACUAUGGCAAACAGAGGACCCAGUUAUGGACUGAGCCGUGAGGUGCAGGAGAAGAUUGAGCAGAAGUAUGACUCUGAGUUGGAGUCUCUGCUGGUGGACUGGAUUAUCGCACAAUGUGGAGGAAACAUCGAGAGACCACAGCCUGGGAAACAAAACUUUCAAAAGUGGCUCAUUGAUGGCACUAUCCUCUGUAGCCUCAUUAAUAGUUUGUAUCCACGUGGUAAGGAGCCUAUUAAGAAGAUCCCAGAGACUCAGAUGGCUUUUAAGCAGAUGGAAAAGAUCUCCCAGUUCCUUCAGGCAGCUGAAGCCUAUGGUGUAAUCACCACAGAUAUUUUUCAAACUGUGGACUUAUGGGAAGGAAAAGACAUGGCUGCUGUCCAGAGAACUCUAAUGGCCCUGGGUAGCGUGGCUCUCACCAAAGACGAUGGACAUUUCAGAGGGAGCCGAGACUGGUUUCACAGGAAGUCUCAAAGCAACCGGCGUGAGUUUUCUGAGGAGCAGUUGCGCCAGGGUCAGAAUCUGAUUGGCUUGCAGAUGGGCAGUAACCGUGGGGCAUCUCAGUCUGGCAUGACUGGUUAUGGCAUGCAUCGCCAGAUUAUGUAAAACUAUACCAUUGCCCAAACACUUGCCUAAAACAGCUAGAAGACCUUAAAACCUUCUAACCCCAGCCCACACCAUGCAGUGUUCCUUCUCAGUCCUUGAUGGUGAAGUCUGAAGUCUUUGAUGAAGAAGUGUAGUCUAAGUAACAUCAGAAACUAAAGUAUAGAGGUUAUAAGAAUGUUCUCUCUUUCCAUUUUAAAAUUAAAUAAGGUAUAAGCAUGCUAGAUAUAUCUAUUUUAUUUUUGGUUUGCUUAACCUGUAAUAAAAUGAAAUUAUUUAUUUGUAAAUGUGUGCCAAUAGUGAUUAGUUAUUCUUAAAAUGUUAUCUAGCCAAGUGACUUAAGUCCAAAUAGCUGCCUUAUACUCUAUGAGCAAACAGUAUGCCAAAAAAAAAAAAAAAAAAUAA